AUGUGGUGUGAAGACUUUCUAUCAGCAUAUCGUAGUGCGCCAGUCGACCAUAUGUCCAAGUACUACGACCGGUUUUCGGUAUUCGUUGAGGUGACUGGGAACGGCCGGUGGACGGAGCCGACAACGGGCGCACACAAGAUCGCUGACCGGCUGGCCUCGCUGAACGUUUCUGGUGGUUGCGCGUGGCCGGUCGUGACGUGUCAACGGACACGCUCCGACGGGCUGAUCGUUGUACUUGCGGCCGAGGACGGGUACCAGCGACAGAUACUGAUCGUCCAUUAUCGGGGUGCUGACUGCCGGGCAGUCGUCUCCAACCACUUUUAUCUGACCACCGCGGCUUACGGCGAGCAUGAGGGCGACGACGAGCAGGACGGCGACCAGGUUGCUGCAUCAUUCCACAGCCGUUUUGAGGGCUGGGCCGGCCGGCAGGACCGUGGUUCGCUGGUCCGUUUUCAGACGGCUCUGUGUACCGGCUUAACAGUGGUCCGCGACUAUUACACCACCCUGCCUGGACAUCCGGUCGUCCGGGCUGACUGCCACCAGUAUGACCGCACCGCUCGGUUUUCGUACACCAGGGCGUACGGUGGUGGCGGUGGACGCGUGUACACAGGUCCCCGGGCAAUUCGCAAGCAAUACAGCCGGCUGGCCAUGGACAACCGUUGCGUGAAGCUGCGUGCCGUGGAGACUUGUUGGUCUGGGCACAGUGGCAGCAUUCCUAGUACGACGGUUGCGCUGAUUGUAGGUGUAGUGCCAAAGGUGGAGCGGCCGGGGCGGGCGUUGGCGUACCGCGAGUUUGUCCAGCUCUUCGUCAUCGACGUUCACACGCGAAAGAUCCUCAACGAUGUGCUGUGCUUCGAAACUAGCCGGCACGUGUCCAAUUUGUUGUCGUCCAGAAUUAGUGGAUCGUCACCGUCGUCGUUGUCGUCGUCGUCGUCAUCGGUGUCAUCGGAUGCAACGUCUCCUAUGUCAUCCACGUCAUCUACACCGUCAUCGCUGUCGUCCGUGUCGUCCACAUCACCAUCACAACUGCCGCUACUUCCGUUGUCGUACCCCGAUUCCACGUCGUCAAAUCCAAUGUUUUCGUUAAUAUAUACAUUUUCGAGGUUGCAGUCGCUCUCACCGUCGUCAAAUAAAAUGCAUGGCAACUGGCCGACCAUAUCCACUGGCGUUUCAAAUGAAAAUGGUGAUCACGGACUCGAUUCGAGCGAGUUGGCUGCUCUCCGGUCACGUUUCACAACCAACACUCUGGGCAUUCGGUUCGCAGCAAUAUACUCUCCUUAUGCCAUUGGCGGCGGUGCCGAUGGUGGUAGUGGAAAGCAGCAACAAAGCGUCACUUCCAGCAAGCUCAACCCCCGUCAGUUAUUUAUCGGAUGUGUGCCGUUACACGUCAAGUACGGGCAACUCAAGUUACUGUUUGAGCAGUUUGGCGAAGUCACAUACGUAAAGGUAUACGAGGGCUACAACAAGCAGACUGGCGCCAAGAUGUUGCACAAUUAUGCGUUUCUUUUUUUUAAAGACGAAAAAUCUGUGGAAAAGGCUAUUGCCGCGUCACCAAUACCACUCGAUUCAAACUGGAAUCUCAACGUGUCCCGGCCACACCACCACACAACGACAGUCGAUGCAUGUGACAGGUGA